AUUGGACAGUUCUCCAGGGAGGAACUGUUCGCUGGUUGGCUGCUGUUGUGGCUCGAGCGAGUGGAGUCGUGUUAAUAUUAGGACUCAUCAUGGCGCUGGGUUCACCUCAGAACGAACAUCCGUUUGGCGAUUUGAUCGAAACUCUCCGGAGCGAACAGUAUGAAGAGCUGAGGUAUUUCAACCCACAGAAGCUCAGUGAUGAUGCCAGAUAUGAGAAACUGCCGUUCUGUAUGCGGGUUCUCCUGGAGUCCGCCAUUCGGAAGUGUGAUGGGUUCUAUGUAAAGACAGAGGAUGUCUCUAAUAUUUUGGACUGGCAGACGCAGCAGAACCAGGCCGAGGUGGUGUUCUCUCCCGCCAGGGUUCUGCUGCAGGAUUUUACGGGAAUUCCUGCUAUGGUGGAUCUGGCAGCCAUGAGAGAUGCUUUAGCUAAACAGGGGGUUGAUCCAAACCUGGUGAACCCCAGAUGCCCCACAGACCUCAUCGUAGAUCAUUCGCUGCAGAUUGACUACAGCAAAUGUGGCAUCCAGAGCCCUUCAAUCCCCGUGGAUGAGAGUCAAGGUGCCGCUGUCAGAUCUCCUGCCGGUCGACCAUCUCCACGAGGGAGUCACUGUACAGGUCAACGCCCGGGUCAUCGGGGAGGCUGCAGUAAAGCCUCCUGCUCUGACGCCCCCAGUGGCAGAUCCGCAGCAGUACAGAUAGAGAACACACCCCUCCUGUGCCCCUUCCACCUGCAGCCCGUGUCAGAGCCUGAAACUAUGAUCAGGAAUCAAGAGAUGGAGCUAACCAGAAACAAAGAGAGAUUGGAGUUCUUUAAGUGGUGUUCAAAAGCCUUCAAAAACAUCAACGUGGUUCCUCCAGACAUCAACACAGUGCAUCAGGUGAACCUAGAGUACCUGUGUCAGGUGGUACAGGAAAGCGAGGGGUUUAUUUAUCCAGACAGCGUGGUGGGAACGGACUCCCACACCACCAUGAUCAACGGCCUCGGGAUCCUGGGCUGGGGAGUUGGAGGUAUUGAAUCAGAGGCGGUCAUGUUAGGUCAGCCAGUGUCUUUAACUUUGCCACAGGUUGUCGGCUGUAAACUCGUGGGGACCAUCAGUCCUCUUGCAACGUCCAUUGAUAUCGUACUGGGCAUUACAAAGCAUCUGCGUCAUGCAGGAAUCGAUGGGAAGUUUGUGGAGUUCUUUGGGCCUGGUGUACCGCAGCUCUCGGCUCCCGAUCGGACCACUAUCGCUAACAUGUGCCCGGAGUACAGCGCCACCGUGAGCUUCUUUCCUGUGGAUGACAUCACCCUGCAGCACUUUAAACACACCAUCUGCAGUGAGGAGAAGCUUGUGGUUUUAGAAGACUACCUAAAGGCUAUCAAACUCUUCAGAACCUACGAUGAACAAUCAGAAGAGCCGCAGUAUUCAGAGGUCAUCGAGAUGAACCUGAGCUCCAUUGUGCCUCAUGUCAGCGGACCCAAACGGCCACAGGAUAGAGUCGCCGUGACUUGCAUGAAGGAAGACUUUAUUAACUGCCUGAAUGAAAAGGUGGGUUUUAAGGGCUUCCACAUAUCCAAAGACAAGCAGGCAACUCUGGUCCCGUUCCUCCACGAGGGGGCUGAGUACAACCUGGCACACGGAUCCGUCGUCAUCGCUGCUAUCAUCAGCUGCACCAAUAACUGCAACCCGUCCGUCAUGCUGGCCGCAGGUCUACUAGCGAAGAAAGCCGUCGAGGCUGGUCUAACGGUAAAACCGUACAUCAGGACCAGUCUGGUGCCCGGCAGUGGAACCGUCACACAUUACCUGAACACCAGCGGAGUCCUGCCCUUCCUCAAGAAACUCGGGUUUGAGGUGGCGGGUUAUGGAUGUGCAACGUGUGUGGGGAACACAGCACCUUUACCUGAGAAUGUGGUAGAGGCCAUUAAACAGGGUGAUUUGGUGGCGUGUGGCGUUCUGUCUGGGAACAGGCAUCUAGAAGGACGCCUGUGUGACUGCGUUCGGGCGAAUUAUUUGGCCUCACCCCCGCUGGUGGUGGCGUAUGCGAUCGCAGGCACAGUCAGCAUCAACCUGGAGACAGAACCGCUAGGAGUGAACUCUGAGGGGAAGGACGUGUAUCUGCGGGAUGUCUGGCCAUCCAAAGAGGAGGUGAACCACACAGAGGAGAACAUCGUCAUCGCCUCCAUGUUCAAAGAGCUGAAGAACCGGAUGGAGAAAGGAAGUACGUUCUGGAACAGUUUGGACUCUGCCGAAACUGCCUUCUUCCCAUGGGAUCCCAAAUCCACCUACAUCCGCUGUCCGUCCUUCUUCAGCAAACUGACUAAAGAGGUGUGCGCUCCUCAGUCCAUUGACAAUGCGUACCCGCUCCUCUUUCUGGGUGAUAAAGUAACUACCGAUCACAUUUCUCCAGCGGGAAGCAUCGCAAGAGUCAGUGCUGCGGCCAAAUACCUGCAGAGCAAACGUUUGACCCCUCGUGAGUUCAAUUCUUAUGGCGCACGGAGAGGAAAUGAUGCCGUGAUGACUCGAGGAACAUUUGCCAGCAUAAAGCUUCAAAACCGUCUCAUCGGGAAGACCGGACCCAAAACACUGCACAUUCCAUCAGGACAAACGCUGGAUGUGUUUGAAGCUGCUGAACGCUAUCAGAGAGAUGGAGUUCCCCUCAUCAUCCUGGCAGGAAAAGAGUACGGCUCCGGCAGCUCACGCGACUGGGCCGCCAAAGGACCUUAUUUACUGGGGGUGCGUGCAGUGAUAGCUGAGAGCUUCGAGAAGAUUCAUAAGAAUCAUUUGGUAGGGAUGGGAAUCGCUCCGCUGCAGUUCCUGCCAGGACAGAAUGCCGACUCGCUUGAGCUGUGUGGAAAAGAGCGAUUCACCAUUAACAUCCCACAGGAGCUCACGCCCCGACAUCAGCUCACAGUACAGACGAGCACUGGGAAGACGUUCAGUGUAAUGGCUCUUUUCGAGAACGACAUGGACGUGGCAUUUUUCCGACACGGAGGCGUCCUGAAGUACGUAGCUCGUUCUCUGCUGCUGUAACACAAUCAGACUCACCGGUGGACCUCUGAUCAGCACAGCGCCACCCAGAGGCCUUCAGGAGGUCUUAUGAACUCUGAACGCUGUGCCUCUUGUUUUACAGAAUCCUCCCGUCUCGGGGGAUGUCAUUAUUUUGCACUUAAAGCAACAAAUGUCCAACGUUUCUCUCCAAAUCAUUCUCUCCACACCCAGGCGCGACGAGGCGUUUUUUUGUGUCUAGAUGUGGAGCGUAAACUUUGGUAGGUUUGAUUUGGGCAUUUGAGAUUGCAGUGCCUGCGACACGUGUCAAGGAACUGUUCUUCUAAACUGACGUAAAGACUGCGCGAUGACCUCACAGCCAAUGGAGGCUUCGCUCUUGUUUCAUGGUGCUGAUUUUGACACGGCCACUUUGAUGGAGUGUAAGUGUCCACACAUUCAAAGCUUUCCAGCCCACUGUUGUUUCUUCAUUUCCCAGCUUUUGUUUCUGUAUGAACGUCCACAUAUUUCCGUCAACAACAAAAAGCACUCUUCGUUUUGAUCCGAUCCAGUAAAAUAUCAGUUUAUUUAUUAUGAUCGUCCAUUUAGUGUCGUCUUUUACUGGGAUUGUGAGUGACAAUAAUGACUAAAACAUUAAAGAAGUUGCUUUUUAAUGACAUCUGAUGGAGCCAUAAACAUCAUAAGAUAUAUAUUAAUCUGAGCUCACGUUAUAGAGCGAGCGAUGACUGGUUUUUGGUUCCGUCACAGUGCUGUUUGGCUUCAGUCCUUGUGUUCUGUAUGUAUAGACAGGAUGCAACUCCUCAGCACAGGGGUGAAUGAUGCAGUAAAAAAAAACACUUUUCUUGGAUGAUGCUGUUAUUGUAAAUAAUUUUUAAUAAAUAAUGACAUCAGCAUGCUGA